AUGACAGACAUUGUUCAGUGUAGGAUGUGCCAUAUCCAGUUUCCAGGAGAGAGGUGUUCCAGAGGCAGAGGGAUAUGCACUGCAGCAGAAGAUGAGGGUUGCAUGACUGGGAGGAUUUUCAAGAAAGAUGGGACUCUGUGGUUAACCUUCAUGGGCUGCCUGAAAAACUGUGCUAAUGUGGACAAGAUAAAAUGGAGUGUCUACUGGGUGAAGUUCAGAUGCUGCAGGGGCUAUGACUUAUGCAAUGAAAUCCUAUAG